GCCCCCUUGACGGGAUCAUUGUGCGCAUGCGCGGGCCGGUCUUCAGUUCGCGAGAGCGGGGAGAGAGAAGUCGAAAGCAAGAUGGCUGCGCCCAGUUGGUCCCCAGGGCUGUGGGAGGCGUGAGUGACGAUCCCUCUUCGCGUGUAGGAGAUGUCCUUGUUUCCAAGUCUGCCUCUCACUCUCAUACCGGCCGUCUUCGUCUGCUCACGCUCAGCUGCUCGCUCUGUAGGCUUAUUUGAGUAGUCCCUCUACAAAAUUCUGCUGCUAACAUAUGCUGCAGAAUGUGGUUCAUUUACCAUAGAUUCCUCACAUGUCCCAAACCCUGGAGAAGACAAAUACAUGGAGUAUUGGACCCAAUUAAAUGGCAGAAGAGUCUAAUUCCAAGAUGCAUCAGGUGUAUUUAUAGUGAAACAGGGAAGUGGGAAAGAAGCUAUACGCUGGAGACUAGGGAGAAAGUUGAAAGAUGGUGGCAUUCAAGAAUAAAGGAACAGUUCAACAAAACUGCAGAAAUAGAUAAAUCAAGACCAAAGUUUUAUGUCCUGUCAAUGUUUCCAUAUCCUUCUGGAAAGCUUCACAUGGGCCAUGUUCGGGUCUACACCCUAAGUGACACAAUCGCGCGGUUUCAGAACAUGAGAGGAUUACAGGUGAUAAAUCCAAUGGGUUGGGAUGCAUUUGGCUUACCCGCAGAGAAUGCAGCAAUUGAUCAUGGGUUGCAUCCGGCAAACUGGACACAAAGUAAUAUUCAGCACAUGCGAGAGCAACUGGAUGCAUUAGGCUUGUCUUUUAGUUGGGAUCGGGAAAUAACCACUUGUUUGCCAGAAUACUAUAAGUGGACACAGUAUCUUUUUAUUAAGCUUUACGAAGCGGGAUUAGUCUAUCAAAAUGAAGCAAUGGUUAACUGGGACCCUGUAGAUCAGACUGUUCUCGCUAAUGAACAGGUGGAUGAAAAUGGUUGUUCAUGGCGUUCAGGAGCAAAAGUAGAAAAGAAAUACCUCAAACAGUGGUUCAUUAAAACAUCUGCCUAUUCAAAGGCUAUGCUUGAUGGUUUGUCAGACCUCCCCAAGUGGUAUGGAAUAAAGGAAAUGCAAGUAAAUUGGUUAGGAGACUGCACUGGAUGCCAUUUUGAGUUUCUGUUAAAGAUUAAUAAUAAACCUACAGGAGAGACAAUAACAGCCUAUGCAUAUGUGCCUGAAGCCAUAUAUGGUGCGUCCCAUUUAUACAUCUUGCCUAGCCAUCGACUGUUACAUGGAAAUAGUGGUUUAAAGGAAGUCUUCCAGAAGGAGUUUGUCCCAGACAAAGACUCUCUUACUUCAGUGAAAGCUAUGAACUUGUUCACCAGUCAAGAGAUUCCUGUAGUAAUUUCAGCAAAAUCUGACUUUGAUGGCUAUCUUGAUACUAGAAUAGGAAUCCCUUGUACUAAACCAGAUGAUGCUGAAGUUGCUAGGAAUUUGGGUCUAUCAUUUGAAGAAGUAAUUGAAACUCUCCCUGAUGGUUCAGAGAGACUGAUCAACUCUGGAGAGUUCACAGGUAUGAGUAGACAGCAAGCAUUAAAUGCUAUCACUCAGCAAGCCAAAAAUAAAGGAGUAGGAGGACACCUAACAAGCAGUAAAUUAAAAGAUUGGCUGAUCUCACGACAGCGUUAUUGGGGGACGCCUAUCCCAAUCAUUCAUUGCCGAAGCUGCGGUCCUGUUCCUGUGCCUUAUAAAGACCUCCCUGUGCAAUUGCCCAACAUAACAUCCUUUACAGGAAAGGGUGACUCACUUUUAGGCUCCACGUCACACUGGGUAAACUGCUUAUGUCCAAGGUGCAAGGAGCCUGCAAAAAGGGAAACGGACACCAUGGAUACAUUUGUUGAUUCAGCUUGGUAUUAUUUAAGGUACACUGAUCCUCAUAAUUCUGUGAGGCCUUUUCACAAAGACUUGGCAGACCAUUGGAUGCCUGUGGAUGUGUACAUUGGGGGGAAGGAGCAUGCAGUUAUGCAUUUGUACUUUGCCAGAUUUUUCAGCCAUUUUUGCCAUAACCAAAAGAUGACUAAACACAGAGAGCCUUUUCAUAAGCUGUUGGUUCAAGGUCUUAUCAAGAAUCGAACGUUCAGGCUAGCAACAACUGGCAAGUAUUUGAAGAGAGAAGAAGUUGAUCUUACUGGUCCUGAACCCGUUCACAUAAAAACCAAAGAGAAACUGCAGGUGAUGUGGGAAAAAAUGAGUAAAUCCAAACACAAUGGUAUAGAACCUGAAGAAAUAGUCCAGCAGUAUGGAAUUGAUACAGUCCGACUCUACAUCCUAUUUGCUUCCUCUCCAGAGCAGGACUUCUUGUGGGAUACAAAUACUGAUGCAAUACCUGGGGUGCAAAGAUGGCAAUCACGCCUCUGGCACUUAGCAACCAAAUUUAUUGAAGUUAGAAAUUCUGGGGCUCUGCCCAGUUCUCAGCUCCUGAAUCGGAAAGAGAAAGUUGAAGCCAAAUAUAUCUGGGAGCAGAAGAACUCCACAGUCUCUGAGGUAACAGAAUACUUCAUGGAUGAUUUCUUGUUUCGUACUAUAAUUGCUCGACUGAUGGGCCUCAGUAACACGUUGUCACAAGCCUCCCAACGGCUUAUCCUCCACAGUGCAGAAUUUGAAGACGCUUUGGCAACUCUUUUUGUUAUGCUUUCCCCAAUGGCCCCACACAUAAGUUCAGAGAUCUGGAAAGGCUUGUCUCAUGUUCAAAACAAACUUUGUACUCAUCACCUCUGGGACACAGAAGUACUGCAACAGCCCUGGCCUGUAGUGGACCCGGAGUUCCUUGAGCAGCCAGAUAUAGUGGAAGUGUCUGUUCUGAUCAACAACAAACCUUGUGGCAAAGUUAGUGUACCUAAGCAAGUAGCCCGAGAUGCAGAAAUGGUUCAUGAACUGGUUGUUCAGAGUAAACUGGGGACUGAAUAUCUCCAAGGACGCACCAUUACAAAGUUCAUCUUGUCUCCUAGGACUGCUCUCAUCAACUUCCUUAUCCAGGAAUAACGGGCAGUCACAUUUUUUGGAACUGCCUGUGUAACUCUGGCUGACAAAAUUCAUCAGAAGAAUUUGUCUUUGGUGGAAAUGGGGAGGCAGGGGGAUGAUCACUGUCAUAUCAUUCCCCAUUAAAGUGAAAACCAUUUGAAUCUUGACCAUGUUCUUUGAUGCUGCAGAGAGCAGAAGAGCAAAAGGGUUGAGUGACAAAGAAGAGCUAAAUUUAUAUAGAAUCAGUGAACAUGAGCCGUUCUGCAAAUAUUUCUCCGGAAAUCAUGUACAAAAGCUGGGUUUUCCUUUUAUCAGUGUUGCCAGAUAUGAGCUAAAGUGUUGCAGUGAUCAUUUGGUGCAAGAUAAGCCGUAAUGCAGUAAGUAGCAGCCAUCCUAUUCUUGUUUCUUUAAGCAGAAAACUUUUGAGGAGGGCAAAGGGGGAGGAUGUUAUUUUAAAAAAUAAAUGAAUUGAAGAUCUUCACAACAGAUGGUUCCUGUAAGUAGUGCAUAGUGUUAUAAACAAUCAUCCCUUUCACUGAUGCUACUGAUACCAUUCAGAUUUAUUCAUCAGUCAGGGCAAAGUCAUAAUAAAAAAAAUUUUCUACCUACUUGCUUAUUCUGAAUACAUCUUGCCUAUAUUUUCCGCAAUUCCCACAGAGCUCACCAACAUGAAACAAGCUAGUGAUAAUUAGUUCUAGGCAAAAACAAAGCAAAAUCUUUUUUAAAUUAUUACCUCCCCAAUUCAAAGCAUCAUGCUGGUAAUAGAUGAAGUCCAAGUAUUGUCAUCUUGCCAAGGGACAUCCAUACAUGCCACUCUUGGUCUUUUGUUUAGCGCUCAUUCUCACACAGCUUUAGAUGUUGGGCUAGAAUGGAAGUUGUCUUGUCAGCGUACUUUGCAGUGUUGAAAUAAAAAACUGUCUUUCAAG